ACACUUCCAGAAUAUUCUCUUACAAAACCUUACAAAAUCCGAAGGCCACGUGCAAGCUUCGUUAGCCAAGUCCAACGUCCUGUAGUGACAGAAGGGCACCUAGUUUCCAACAGUGUGAAUUAGAAAUAUUCUAGACAAAUAUCAAAAUGUAUCGAUUGCAAUCACUUGCUCGUCCACUUGCAAGAAGUACAAGAUCUUUGGUACCAAGGUUAGGAGCUGGUUUCAGCACAUCAAGUAAAUAUGAAUCUCCAAAAGAAAUAAAAUUUGGUGCUGAUGCCAAAUCCUUAAUGUUGCAAGGUGUUGAUUUGAUGGCAGAUGCAGUUGGAGUAACUCUUGGUCCCAAGGGAAGAAACGUGAUUAUUGAACAAAGCUUUGGUGGUCCAAAAAUUACAAAAGAUGGAGUGACAGUGGCAAAGGCAAUUGAAUUGAAAGAUAAAUACAUGAAUAUUGGAGCAAGGUUAGUUCAAGAUGUUGCAAAUAAUACAAAUGAAGAGGCUGGCGAUGGAACAACAACUGCAACUGUCCUUGCAAGAGCGAUAGCCAGGGAAGGUUUUGAAUAUGUUUCAAAAGGAGCUAACCCUCAAGAAAUUCGAAAAGGUGUCAUGUUAGCUGUCGAAGUUUGUGUGGAUGCAUUGAAAAAAAUGUCAAGGGCUGUCACCACACCUGAGGAAAUUUGCCAGGUUGGCACAAUUUCUGCAAAUGGUGACGCCAAAAUUGGGGAACUUAUCUCCUCUGCAAUGAAAAAAGUUGGGAAAAAUGGAGUAAUCACUGUGAAGGAUGGUAAGACCUUACAUGAUGAGCUAGAAAUCAUUGAAGGAAUGAAGUUUGACCGAGGAUACAUAUCCCCAUAUUUCAUCAACUCUGCCAAAGGUCAAAAAGUUGAAUUCCAAGAUGCCUUACUGCUGUUGUCCCAGAAGAAAAUAUCAGCAAUUCAAGACAUUGUCCCUGCUCUUGAGCUUGCAAACGAGAAGAGAAAACCACUUGUUAUUGUUGCUGAAGAUGUUGAUGGCGAAGCAUUGAGCACCUUGGUUUUGAAUCGGCUGAAGAUUGGUUUGCAAGUUGUUGCUGUCAAAGCACCAGGAUUUGGGGACAAUCGCAAGAAUACACUUGCAGAUAUGGCAAUCUCUACAGGUGCAACUGUGUUUGGAGAUGAAGCAAUGGACACAAAAAUUAGUGAGGUCAGGCAUGAAAAUCUUGGUGAAGUUGGGGAAGUUGUUGUGACAAAAGACGACACAUUAUUCUUGAAAGGAAAAGGUGAUGCAUCCGAGGUUCAGGCAAGAUGUGACCAACUUAAGGAAGAAAUCGAAAGUACAAAUUCUGAAUAUGAAAAAGAAAAACUUAAUGAAAGGCUAGCAAAGUUGUCUGAUGGUGUUGCUAUUAUUAAGGUCGGAGGCUCAAGUGAAGUAGAAGUUAAUGAAAAGAAGGACCGAGUAACAGAUGCAUUGAACGCAACACGUGCUGCUGUUGAGGAAGGCAUUGUGCCUGGAGGCGGCACCGCUCUAUUAAGAUGUAUCGAACAUUUAGAAAAGAUUGAAGCAAGCAACUCAGAUCAAGCCGCUGGUAUCGAUAUUAUUAGGCGGGCACUGAAGAAGCCAUGCAGCACCAUAGCAAUGAAUGCCGGAGUUGAACCAGCUGUAGUUGUAGAAAAGGUUAUCUCUUCUAAUUUCGAGAUGGGGUACGACGCAUUGAACGGCAAAUACGUCGACAUGAUCAAGACUGGUAUCAUCGACCCAACCAAAGUUGUCAGGAUCGCACUCACUGAUGCUGCGGGUGUUGCUUCACUACUUACCACUGCAGAUGCAGUUAUCAUAGACCUACCCAAGGAAGACCCACCAAUGCCAAUGGGUGGCAUGGGCGGAAUGGGUGGAAUGGGUGGAAUGGGUGGUAUGGGACUUUAGACCACUCGCUGGCCAUAGAUAAGAAUGCUGGGGGGUUCAGGCUUCGUGAUAUCACUUAACUUUACAAAUCUCUUCACCAUCUUGAAAGAUUUGAGCUAGAUAUUGAACUGUUAUAGUGUCAAAGCGACUGCCUUCUUAAUGUAGCCUUGAAUUAAUCAAUAUUUUGUUGUAAUCUAAUUAUUCCCGGCUUAUAAUAUCGCUGCUGAAGAGGUUUCUUAGAUUUAGUGUGUCUUGCAAUGGUUUCGUUCUUGCGAUGCCUGUUUUGUGAUAGCCACUAGCCCACACUCCCUGAGGCAUUAAUAUGGAUGAAUUAACGAACUCGUUUUACGUUGGACUUGAAAACGCCCAAAGAAAGAUUAGCACUGUAGCUGACCUAGAUGUGUUUUUUAUUGAAUUAAGAUGAAAUGUGUGUUUGGA